AUGGGCGGCCCGCGGGCCUGGACGCUGCUCUGCCUCGGGCUCCUGCUCCCGGGAGGCGGCGCCGCGUGGAGCGUCCCGGGCGCCCGGUUCUCGGGUCGCAGGAACUGGUGCUCCUACGUGGUGACCCGGACCGUCUCCUGCCAUGUGCAGAAUGGUACCUACCUCCAGCGAGUGCUGCAAAACUGCCCGUGGCCCAUGGGCUGCCCUGGGAACAGCUACAGGACUGUGGUGAGACCCAUGUACAAAGUGAUGUACAAGACGGUGACUGCUCGAGAAUGGAGGUGCUGCCCUGGACAUUCAGGGGCAACCUGUGAGGAAGCAGAAGCGGUGAAAAGGUCAGGUGCUUCACCCCCAAGGAUAACCGUACCAGAGAUAGUGGCCCGGAAUCAGUCUGAGAACCUGGCUUUAGAGACGGCCCCACAGCACACCGUUAUGUCCCGAUUCCAGAAACAGGGACGCAUAAACAAGUCUCUCACCUGCGCUGGGGGUUCCAUGCUGGACCCGGGUUCUCAGACAGAUGCUCAGCGAGUGGUUGUGCUGCUGGUGGCGGUGCUAAGUGUGACAGAGCAGACAGUGUCCUCAGUCCCAGCUACCCCUGAGGACUCUGCCCUGCUCUGGGGCUCCCCAGCUGCCCAGGGCAGUCCUGGAGAUGGAAGCCUGCAGGACAGAGUUGAUCCUUUGGAGCUUCCUGGGCCCACUGUCCCCAAGGGAGACGCUGUCAGCCAGAGCCCAGUGAGGAUCAGAGGCCCACCAGGCCCACAGGGACCCCCAGGACGCCCUGGCCAGACGGGAGCUGCAGGCAUCCCUGGAAAGAUGGGACCUCCAGGCCCUCCAGGUCCACCUGGGCCCCCAGGGCCUCCAGCUCCUGUCGGACCACCCCAUACCCAGGUUUCCCUGCAUGGAGAUCCACUGCUGUCUAAUACCUUCACUGAUACAGGCAGCCACUGGCCCCAAGGACCCACUGGGCCCCCAGGUCCUCCUGGCCCCCCAGGGCCCAUGGGUCCUCCUGGACUUCCUGGCCCCGCGGGUGCCCCUGGGAGUCCUGGACACAUGGGAACCCCAGGCCCUUCUGGACCCAAAGGAACCUCUGGCCACCCGGGAGAGAAAGGAGAGAGAGGCCUGCCUGGGGAACCUGGCCCCCAGGGUUUUAUGGGGUUUCCGGGAGAACCUGGCCCCAAAGGAGACCCUGGUGAGAAGAGCCACUGGGGGGAGGGGUUGCACCAACUACGCGAGGCUUUGAAGAUUUUAGCUGAGAGGGUUUUAAUCUUGGAAACAAUGAUUGGGCUCUAUGAACCAGACUUGGGAUCCGGGGCAGGCCCUGAUGGCACAGGUACCUCCAGUCUCCUUCGAGGCAAGAGGGGAGGACACCCAACCAACUACCAGAUCAUCACCCCCAGGAGACGCAACGAAAGAAGCUGAGAGGGUAGUGGUGGCUCUUCAGGGUUCAACACCAGGCUUCCUCCCUCAGCCUGGACUUGGCCAACUGCCUCCAGGGACUGCCAGUUCCUAGUUAUUAAUAUCCUCAGGGACCCCUGUGCCAUCUUGGUCUUAGGAGUAGGCAGAUCUCAGUGAUGGCAGCCUAUUCAUGACAGACUGAACAGGAUCUUGGCCUCAAAGUCAGGCUUCACUUGCACCUGGCCUAGUUCCCUCUGUGAAAUGGGGUGAGGAGGCUUUGGAGGGGGUGGAUAGAGGUACAAGGCUUCCAGUCAUCUCGGUUGCCUAAAGUUGGGAUCUGGGAUUGCCAUGCCCUGCAGAGAUUUACAAGGAUUGGGGCAGAAGUCUCAGUUCCCCUCCUGUAAAACCUUGGGGAGUCCUGUGUGCCCCUCAUUUUCUGGUGCUGAGUUUCCACCCGAGUUCAGGCUGUUUAAUCUCUAACUGAAUGGUUGGUGCUUCUUACAUGAGUUCUACCCCAGGCCCUCACUGUUCCCAUGUCCCAUGUGGGAAUGGGAGGUGUAGAAGGGAACCUGCUCCAAGUGUCUGCUGCAGAUACUGUGGAUUGCUAUGUAUGGACAAUAAACAGCCCCGCUUGACCCUAC